GAUGGCUUCCUACGAGGUCAAAUUUCAACAUAGUUUAUUCAAUACGCAAUGAUGCCGCGAAAACUAGAUUAUACAGGAUAACAAUAUCUCAGCAUCCUCGGUUAGUUUCAUCAUGUUUCAAAGACAGAGAAACUGGUGGACCGAAGUUAUUUGGAAGCCAAAAAAAGCCCACUCCUUGGAGCAAUUGAGAUAUCACCACUAUAUUCUUAUGAAAAAUGCUGUCGUCACAGAUCAGAAUCGUUCCUUGCUGGUUGAGACAUUUCGUUCAAUUGCAGAGAUACUCAUCUGGGGUGAUCAAAAUGACAGCACAGUUUUUGAUUUCUUCUUGGAGAAAAACAUGCUUUUCUUCUUCCUGAAAAUCCUAAAUCAGAAUCCCGGAGCCUAUGUUUGUGUCCAGCUCUUGCAGACAUUGAACAUCCUCUUUGAAAAUAUCCGUCAUGAAACAUCGCUUUAUUACUUAUUAUCCAAUAAUCACGUCAACUCAAUCAUCAUUCACAAAUUUGACUUCACAAAUGAAGAGAUCCUGGCAUAUUACAUUUCCUUCCUGAAGACUCUCUCCCUAAAGCUCAACCUUCACGUCAUUAACUUCUUCUUCAAUGAGAGAAAGAGCGAUUUCGCGCUUUAUACCGAAGCAUUAAAGUUUUUUGACCACAAAGAGAACAUGGUUCGCAUUGCCGUUAGGACAUUGACAUUGAACGUCUUUCGAGUGAGCGACAAAGCGAUGCUAAAUUUCAUUGUGAACAAAACGGCAGAUGCGUAUUUUUGCAACCUAAUCUGGUACAUUGGUAAUCAUGCGAUGGAAUUAGACAGAUGCUCUGUGAAAGAGUCUGACCAUUUGCACUGCGGACGAUUGAAAGAUCUUGUGGCUGACCAUCUGGACCACCUCCAUUACAUCAACGAUAUCUUGUGUUUGAAUAUUUUGGAACUGAACGAAAUACUGACCGAAUAUCUACUGGAUAGAUUGAUCAUCCCUCUCUACCUAUAUUCACUGGUGGCUGAUGAAGAUGCCCCACUGCAAUGUAAACCACAAGUUGGCAAACUCUUCGCUCUUUACCUUCUUUCACAAAUACUUCUCAUAAUCAAGCACCCUCCACUGGUGUCUACCCUGACUGAUGUUAUCCUACAAGGAGAAGAAAUAAAUAUGGACAGUUCACCAAGUCAUUCACCACUCAGUGCGCGCAAGAGUGGUGUUUCAACUGGUCUACGCGUUUUCGCUGCUCCCGAGUCAAGUUUGGAGCAAGCGUUGUUGGCUUGUGGUAUUAACAGCGAAGGUUACACAAUUACAAAUAGAUUGAAUGAACUUGCGAGACAACGAUCAAGACAUGUCGCAAAUUCCAAAUUUUACACAAAAGGUGGAAAUAGUGAGAAAAAAUGGCGUCCUGACGAAGCGAGACAAAGAGCACGACGGGAAGAAGGUAAUAAAAAUGACGUCACCGUUUCCGAAAGUGUCGCCAGCCCAUCUGAAAAUGACGUGAACGGUCGUGGGUCGCCGAAAGGAAAUUUAAGUGACUCUCGUGAAGUAUCCAUGGGUGAUACACCGCUCGGCCAGGUGACCGGCGAUGAUGACGAUGGUGAUGGCUUAAUGAUAAAUAGCAGCAAUGAAGCAUCGAACGAAGUUAAAGGUUUUACGACGGAGGAGUCAGCCAUUCCCAACAGAGUGAAAGUCUCAGAUGUAGCACCACCACUGGCAAAAAGCUUUCUUGUGAGGCCUGUGGAUUUUCAACCAGACAGGACUUACGUUGAAACUUUAAUCAAAUCUCUGGAUUGUUCACGUGACGACCGCGAAGCAUUGUUUACACUGUGUCUGUUUCACUCUCUUAUCAAAAACCCAGGUGUUGAUCCAGAUCUCUUGAGAUCCUUCGGCCUGUUUCCCAGUCAGCAAUCAGAGCAUUAUAAUGAUGAUCUUAUUCAAGCUUUGAUUAAAAUCAUGGAACAGGCAUCAAAACACGUGAAUAAAGUACGUUUGGUUACUCUACAAAUGGGGAUUAUUUUACUCAAACAAUUAGUUUACAAUGGUCACCCUGGAGAAACUGUUUUAAAAGACUUUCAUCUUGCCUUGCUUGAGAACGUUCGUGAGUCUUGUACACUGGAACUUCGAAAUUACUACAAGGGAGAUGAUGUAUUUCUUGACAUGUUUGAAGCGGAGUAUAGACAAAUGAAGGUGAAACCAUUAAACGUGGAGCAUUUAAUGAUGGACGCCUCGUUACUCCUGCCAGUGACUGCAACGCCUUUGACUGGAAUCGAGUUUUCCAAGCGCUUGGCUUGUGGCGAGGUGGAACACACUCAGAGAGCUGUCCGUGUUUUCCUCAUGGUUCGCGAGUUAAGUUUGACAGUUCGCAGAGAACCCGAACGACAAUUACCUCUCUCAAAAGUUGAAUACUCUGUCAAGGAAAGUGAAGUCUUAGAUCUAAAUAACAGCGAUCUUAUAUCCUGUACUGUUGUGGAUGAAAAUAGAACUUUGCGGCGUUUUCUGGUGAUCGAUGAAGCACAGUUUAUUUUGGUUGAGCCCGACACGACGAGGCUUGGUUGGGGAGUGGUCAAAUUUGUUGCUUUAUUGCAGGACGUGGAAAUCUCUCCCGACAAAGACGACAGUCGAUCAUUAUUUAUAACGAUCCAUGAACCGUUUGCGAGGUCCACGCGUGGCCCACGAAGGCCAUUGUUGACGGCAAAGUUUAUGUUCGAUGAUUACAUCCGCUGCAUGUCUGCAAAACAGCGUCUGCAUCGCAGGCGAACAUCAUUACGUCAUAUUAAAUUACAACGUAUUGCUCAACUUUUGGAACUUCCAAUCAUGGCUGGCCCAGCUCAGCAAUUCUUCUCUAUGACUCCUCCGUCUUUUUCUCAACCAAGUAUUGCUAGUCCGCAAGGUUUCAGGAGUCGCCCGGGGGGCGCAGUUGCUGUCUCGGAUGUAACCUCAAAUUCGGAAGAGAAAACAAUAGAUGAGCCUUUAAACACUGCUGUGUCAACGAACACUGACAUGGAGGAUGAGAGCCAUCGUAUGGCAGCCCCAGAAUCAUGCCUACACCCGUCUCAGACCGCUGGGGACCAAGCUCGCACUCUCGCUAGCGUCCUUGACAUCUCUGACCAGCGGAAUACUCCAGAAUCUGAUGAUGUAAUUGAACUUGCUUCGGAUGUCCUUGAUGCUUCUUCGUCGGAUGACGCAAUGUCGUCGCAACAAUGUGACGCCGCAAUGGCUGAUAGGAAAUGCCCAUCUGCGCCCGCGACACCAAGAGGACAGCGGCGUUUUGGUAACUCAGAAUUUCAUAUCAUAGAGUGGAGAGUUUCCGAUUUGAACAGAAAUAAUUCCAUGUCAGAACCGUCGCUGUUAUUACAGCACAAUGAUUUAACGUCUAGUGGAGACAGUAUAAGGCCGUAGAUUAAAUGAAUCAAAUACAAAACUAUGAAAUAUAUAUUUAUUCAAACCGAACAAAAUUAUUACAAGGAAUACUUUUAUAUAUAGUUUUGAAAGAUAGAGUAUUUUACAACACUUGCAUUCUUGACUGGUAAUCCAGUCUCCAGAAUACACCAGUCACUAAUAUAACCCUAAACCUUUUUAAUCCAAUUCAGUUUAAAAAUAUGAUAACUGAAAAAAAUGUAGCUAACGUCAGCAAGACAGCAACAUCAAUCACUACAAUUCUAACAUUCAGCAAAAGCCGAAAAUCUGCAAAAAAAUGUUGCGUGUAAAUAAUGGCACCUAAAUAUCGACCCCAAACCUGAUCUAUUAAUACACCGGAUAUAGCAACUAUACCUAUUAAAAAGUAGUUUGAAUUAAUGAAUUGUUAUAUCCAGUGUUUUAUAAGAUCAUUGAUUUUAGUCUAUUGUAACUAUUAUUUUACGGAUUUGGGUUUCGGUUUCAAAAUUUGGUGUAUUCUCGACAUAAAUUUCUAAAAUCAGUCA